GGCUCUUGCCUGGGGUUCUCAGGAGGGGAGAGUUGGGAGAGGCUUUGCUGCUGAGGAAAUUGAUUUGAUAGAUUGGAGGUUUGACUGAGAGCUACAGAAGCGAAAGAGAAAAAUCCAUACAAGCCAAUGGUGUUCGGGAGGAAAAUAAACCCAUUGCCUUGAGUUUGUAGGUGCCACUACUACUCAGAGAAAAUGGCAGAUGAUGAAGAAUAUGAGGAGGUGGUGGAGUACUACACAGAGGAGACAGUCUACGAGGAGGUGCCGGGUGAGACAAUAACAGAAAUCUAUGAAACAACAACAACAAGGACAACAACAUCUGACCAUGAGCAAUCACGACCUUCCAGACCAGCGCUGGCCCAGCCAGAACCCGCAAAGCCGGUGGAGAGGAAGAAGGUUGUCAAGAAGAAAGUGGACUCUUCGAAGUUCAUGACCCCCUACAUUGCACAUAGCCAGAAAAUGCAGGAUCUUUUUAGCAUAAAUAAAUACAAGGAGAACUAUGAGAAAGCAAAAGGACAGCCAUCCACCAUCACAACUGAUACCCCAGAACUUCGCAGAAUCAAGAAAGUACAAGACCAACUCAGUGAGGUUAAGUAUCGAAUGGAUGGUGAUGUUGCUAAAACUAUCUGUCAUGUAGAUGAAAAAGCAAAGGACAUUGAACAUGCAAAGAAAGUGUCGCAGCAAGUCAGUAAGGUUUUAUACAAGCAGAACUGGGAAGACACCAAGGAUAAGUACCUGCUUCCCCCUGAUGCCCCUGAACUUGUCCAUGCCAUUAAGAACACAGCCUUGUUCAGUAAGAAACUGUACACUGAAGACUGGGAUGCAGACAAAAAUUUGUUCUAUCCAUAUAAUGACAGCCCGGAGCUGAGGAGGGUUGCCCAAGCCCAGAAAGCUCUCAGUGACAUUGCCUACAAAAAAGGUCUCGCUGAACAGCAAAUGAAAUUCACACCUCUGGCAGAUCCUCCAGAUAUUGAAUUUGCCAAGAAAGUGACAGAUCAAGUGAGCAAGCUAAAAUACAAGCAAGAUUAUGAAAAUAAAGUCAAAGGCAAGUGGAGUGAGACACCUUGCUUUGAAAUUGCAACUGCCAGGAUGAAUGCUGACAACAUCAGCGCAAGGAAAUAUCAUGAACGCUUUGAGAAUAUGAAAGACCAGAUCUACUUCAUGCAGACGGACACACCAGAGUACAAAAUGAAUAAACAAGCUGGGGUGGCUGCUAGCAAGGUAAAAUACAAAGAAAACUAUGAAAAGAAUAAAGGAAAAGCAGAUUAUAAUGUACUUCCUGCUUCAGAAAACCCACUGCUCAGACAGCUGAUGGCGGCAGGAAAUGCCCUGAGUGAUAAACGGUACAAGGAAAACUAUGAGAAGACGAAGGCGAAGAGCAUCAAUUACUGUGAGACCCCCCAGUUCCAGCUUGACACGGUUCUGAAGAAAUUCAGCAGCGACACGAAAUAUAAAGACUCCUACUUAAAGAAUGUUCUGGGACACUACGUGGGCAGCUACGAGGAUCCGUACUACGCACACUGCAUGAAGGUCACAGCGCAGAACAGUGAUAAAAACUACAAAGCAGAAUACGAAGAGGACAAAGGUAAAUGCUUCUUCCCGCAGACCAUAACUCAGGAAUACGAAACCAUCAAGAAACUGGAUCAGUGUAAGGAUCACACCUACAAAGUCCACCCAGAUAAGGUGAAAUUCACUCAAGUGACUGACUCACCUGUCCAGCUGCAAGCCCAAGUCAACGCCAAACAGCUGAGCGAUCUAAAUUACAAAGCAAAACACGAAAGUGAAAAGUUUAAGUGCCACAUACCUCCAGAUACCCCUGCCUUCAUCCAGCACAGAGUCAACGCUUAUAAUCUGAGUGAUAAUGCUUAUAAGCAUGACUGGGAGAAGAGCAAAGCUAAGAAGUUUGACAUUAAAGUGGAUGCCAUCCCCCUGCUGGCAGCCAAAGCCAACAGCAAGAAUGCCAGUGAGGUGAUGUACAAGAAAGACUAUGAGAAAAACAAGGGGAAGAUGAUUGGCGCCCUCAGCGUGAAUGAUGACCCCAAGAUGCUGCACUCUUUGAAGACGGCCAAAAUGCAGAGUGACAGACUGUACAAGGAAAACUACGAGAAGACAAAGGCAAAGAGCAUGAAUUACUGUGAGACCCCUAAGUACCAGCUUGAUACUCUGCUGAAGAGCUUCAGCGAGGCUAAGUAUAAAGAUUCGUAUGUGCAGAACAUCCUGGGGCAUUAUAUAGGCAGCGUCGAAGACCCGUAUCAAGCACACUGCAUGCGAGUCUCAGCUCAGAACAGCGACAAAAACUACAAAGCAGAAUAUGAAGAAGAUAAAGGGAAGUGCUAUUUCCCUCAGACAAUAACUCAAGAAUAUGAAGCAAUCAAGAAGCUAGACCAGUGUAAGGAUCAUACCUACAAAAUUCAUCCGGAUAAGACCAAAUUCACGGCCGUCACUGAUACUCCUGUACUGCUGCAAGCCCAGCUCAACAUGAAACAGCUUAGCGAUCUGAACUACAAAGCCAAAUAUGAAGGCGAGAAGUUCAAGUGCCACCUGCCGCCCGAUGCGCCCCAGUUUAUCCAGCACAGAGUCAAUGCCUACAACCUGAGCGAUAAUAUCUAUAAGCAUGACUGGGAGAAGAGCAAAGCUAAGAAGUUUGACAUUAAAGUGGAUGCCAUCCCCCUGCUGGCAGCCAAAGCCAACAGCAAGAAUGCCAGUGAGGUGAUGUACAAGAAAGACUAUGAGAAAAACAAGGGGAAGAUGAUUGGCGCCCUCAGCGUGAACGAUGACCCCAAGAUGCUGCACUCUUUGAAGACGGCCAAAAUGCAGAGUGACCGUGAAUAUCAUAAAGACUAUGAAAAAUCAAAAACUGUUUACACGGCACCUCUUGAUAUGGUCUCAGUCACUCAAGCGAAGAAAUCUCAGGCGAUUGUCAGUGACAUUGACUACAAGCACCUCCUGCACAAUUACAGCUACCCUCCGGACAGCGUCCACCUGGACCUCGCCAAGAAGGCGUACGCACUGCAGAGCGAUGUGGAAUACAAAGCUGACUACAACAGCUGGAUGAAAGGCUGUGGCUGGGUGCCUUUUGGGUCCUUGGAGAUGGAAAAGGCAAAGCGAGCCUCAGACAUCCUUAAUGAGAAAAAAUAUCGCCAGCAUCCAGAUACUCUCAAGUUUACCUCGAUCGAAGAUGCUCCGAUUACAGUUCAGUCUAAAAUUAACCAGGCCCAGAGGAGUGAUAUUGUCUACAAAGCCAAAGGAGAGGAAAUUCUUCACAAAUACUGCCUGCCAGCGGACCUGCCCCAGUUCAUUCAGGCUAAAGUUAAUGCCUACAAUAUCAGUGAGAAUAUGUACAAAGCAGACUUGAAAGAUCUGAGCAAGAAGGGAUAUGACCUGAGAACUGAUGCGAUCCCCAUCAAAGCAGCCAAAGCUGCCAGGCAGGCAGCGAGUGAUGUUCAGUACAAGAAAGAUUAUGAAAAAGCCAAAGGGAAAAUGGUUGGCUUCCAAAGUCUCCAAGAUGAUCCUAAACUGGUUCAUUAUAUGAACGUAGCCAAGAUGCAAUCAGACCGGGUGUAUAAAGAAGGCUAUGAGAAGUCAAAGACGAAAUUCAACAUACCCCAUGAUAUGUUCAAUGUUGUGGCAGCUAAGAAAGCUCAGGAAAUUGUCAGCAAUACCAACUAUAAGCAUCCCGUCCAUCAUUACACCUACCUGCCUGAUGCCAUGGACCUGGAGCUGUCUAAAAACAUGAUGCACAUACAGAGCAAUAAUGCCUACAAGGAAGACUACAACACCUGGAUGAAAGGCAUUGGCUGGAUACCUAUCGGGAGUCUGGAUGUAGAGAAGGUUAAAAAGGCAGGUGAUGCCCUGAGUGAAAAGAAGUACAGGCAACAUCCAGACACCCUCAAGUUCACCAGCAUCGUGGACUCCCCAGUCAUGGUCCAGGCAAAACAGAACACACAGCAAGCCAGCGAUAUCUUAUACAAAGCGAAAGGAGAAGAUGUGAAGCAUAAGUACACCAUGAGCCCUGACCUUCCGCAGUUUCUUCAGGCCAAGUGCAAUGCUUACAAUAUAAGUGACGUCUGUUAUAAGCGGGACUGGCAUGAUCUAAUAGCCAAGGGCCACAACGUGCUGAGCGACGCUCUGCCCAUCACUGCGGCCAAAGCGUCGAGGAAUAUUGCCAGUGAUUAUAAAUACAAGGAAGCUUAUGAGAAGGCCAAGGGAAAGCAUGUGGGCUUCAGAAGCCUCCAGGAUGAUCCCAAGCUGGUCCACUACAUGAAUGUGGCAAAGUUGCAGUCCGAUCGUGAAUACAAGAAGAACUAUGAGAACACCAAAACCAGCUACCAUACCCCUGGGGACAUGGUUAGCAUUACAGCUGCAAAGAUGGCCCAGGAUGUUGUGACCAACGUCAAUUAUAAACAACCGAUACAUCACUACACGUACCUACCUGAUGCCAUGAGUGUCCAGCACACCAGGAACGUGAACCAGCUUCAGAGUGAUAAUGUAUAUAAAGACGACUACAACACCUUCUUCAAGGGCGUUGGAUGGAUCCCUAUUGGUUCUCUGGAGGUUGAGAAGGCCAAGAAAGCAGGCGAUGCAUUGAAUGAGAGGAAGUAUCGACAGCACCCAGACACCAUCAAGUUCACAAGCGUGCCUGAUUCCAUGGGCAUGGUUUUGGCUCAGCAGAACACAAAGCAGCUGAGUGAUCUGAACUACAAGGUGGAAGGGGAGAAGCUGAAGCACAAGUACACUAUAGACUCCGACCUGCCUCAGUUUAUUCAAGCCAAGGUCAACGCCCUCAACAUGAGUGAUGCUUUCUAUAAAUCAGACUGGAAGAAAACCCUUGCCAAGGGCUAUGAUUUAAGAACAGAUGCUAUUCCAAUUGUUGCUGCAAAAAGUUCAAGAAAUAUUGCUAGCGAUUUCAAAUAUAAAGAGGCCUAUGAGAAAGCCAAGGGCAAGCAAAUUGGAUUCCGUAGUCUUCAGGAUGAUCCUAAACUGGUUCACUACAUGAAUGUAGCCAAAAUGCAGUCAGAUCGUGAGUACAAAAAGGGCUAUGAAGCCAGCAAGACCAGGUAUCACACACCCUUGGAUAUGUUCAGUGUGACAGCAGCCAAGAAAUCUCAGGAGGUUGCUACCAACACCAACUACAGACAACCCUUCCACAACUACACUCUGCUGCCCGAUGCCAUGGAUGUGGAGCAUUCCAAGAAUGCGAUGCAGAUUCAAAGUGAUAAUCUAUACAAAUCCGACUUCACCAACUGGAUGAAAGGCAUUGGCUGGGUCCCGAUAGAGUCCCUGGAAGUGGAGAAGGCAAAGAAAGCAGGAGAGAUUCUUAGCGAGAAGAAGUAUCGCCAGCACCCUGAGAAGCUGAAGUUCACAUAUGCCAUGGACACGAUGGAACAAGAACUUAACAAAAGUAACAAAUUGAUUAUGGAUAAGAGGCGCUACGUUGAGAAAUGGAAUAAAGACAAGACCACCAUUCACGUCAUGCCCGAUACACCAGACAUUCUACUCUCCAAAAUGAACCAAAUCACUAUGAGUGAUAAACUGUACAAAGCUGGCUGGGAAGAAGAAAAGAAGAAAGGCUAUGACUUGAGAACAGAUGCCAUCUCAAUAAAGGCUGCAAGAGCCUCUAGAGACAUUGCCAGUGAUUUCAAGUACAAGCAAGCCUAUGAACAAGCCAAAGGGAAGCACAUUGGCUUCCGAAGCCUAGAGGACGACCCCAAGUUGGUGCACUUCAUGCAGGUGGCCAAGAUGCAGUCAGACCGGGAAUACAAGAAGGGCUACGAGAAAUCUAAGACAUCCUUCCACACCCCGGUGGACAUGUUCAGUGUGGUGGCAGCCAAGAAGUCUCAGGAAGUGGCCACCAACACCAACUACAGGAAUGUGAUCCAUACCUACAGCAUGCUUCCUGAUGCCAUGAGCUUUGAAUUGGCCAAAAACAUGAUGCAGAUUCAGAGUGAUAAUCAGUACAAAGCUGACUAUGCUGACUUCAUGAAAGGCGUGGGAUGGAUCCCUUUGGGCUCCCUGGAGGCGGAGAAAAACAAGAAAGCCAUGGAGAUUAUCAGUGAGAAGAAGUACCGCCAACACCCAGACACUUUGAAGUAUUCCACAUUGAUGGACUCGAUGAACAUGGUUUUGGCUCAGAAUAAUGCAAAAAUUAUGGAUAAUCACCUCUACAAACAAGCUUGGGAGGCUGACAAGACCAAAAUCCACAUGAUGCCUGAUAUCCCCCAGAUUAUUUUGGCAAAGACAAAUGCAAUUAACAUGAGUGAUAAACUCUACAAACUUUCCUUGGAAGAGUCUAAAAAGAAAGGCUACGAUCUCAGAACUGAUGCAAUUUCUAUCAAAGCUGCCAAGGCCUCAAGAGAUAUUGCCAGUGAUUAUAAAUACAAAUAUAAUUAUGAAAAGGAGAAGGGAAAAAUGGUUGGUUUCCGCAGUCUUGAGGAUGAUCCCAAACUAGUCCAUUCCAUGCAAGUGGCUAAGAUGCAAUCUGAUCGGGAGUACAAGAAAAACUAUGAAAAGACAAAGACCAGCUACCACACCCCUCCCAACAUGCUCAGUGUCAUGGCCGCCAAGGAUGCCCAAGCCAACAUCACCAACACCAACUAUAAACACCUGAUCCACAAGUACAUCCUCCUUCCAGAUGCCAUGAACAUCCAGCUGAGCAAGAAUAUGAAUCACAUACAGAGUGAUAAUGAAUAUAAACAGGACUACAAUGAAUGGUACAAAGGGCUUGGCUGGAGCCCAGCUGGUUCCCUAGAAGUGGAGAAGGCCAAGAAAGCAACUGAAUAUGCCAGUGAUCAGAAAUACCGCCAGCACCCUAGCAACUUCCAGUUUAAGAAGCUGACCGACUCCAUGGACAUGGUGCUUGCGAAGCAGAAUGCGCUUACCAUGAACAAGCACUUAUACACCAUUGAUUGGAACAAAGACAAAACCAGGAUUCAUCUGAUGCCUGAUACGCCAGAUAUUUUACAAGCCAAGCAGAAUCAAACACUGUACAGUCAGAAAUUCUAUAAACUUGGAUGGGAAGAAGCUUUGAAGAAAGGCUAUGAUCUUCCAGUCGAUGCACUUUCUGUACAGUUGGCCAAAGCUUCAAGAGACAUCGCUAGUGAUUUUAAAUAUAAACAAGGCUACCGCAAGCAACUUGGCCACCAUAUUGGAUUCCGGAGUCUGCAAGAUGACCCCAAGCUUGUGCUGUCCAUGAACGUAGCCAAAAUGCAGAGUGAAAGAGAAUACAAGAAGGACUUUGAGAAGUGGAAAACCAAGUACACCAGCCCCGUGGACAUGCUGGGGGUUGUGCUGGCUAAGAAAUGUCAGGCCCUGGUCAGCGAUGUGGACUACAAGAACUACCUACACCAGUGGACGUGCCUGCCCGACCAGAAUGAUGUUAUCCAAGCUAAAAAAGUUUAUGAACUACAGAGUGAGAAUCUGUAUAAGUCGGACCUUGAGUGGUUGAGAGGCAUAGGAUGGAGUCCCCUGGGUUCUUUGGAGGCAGAAAAGAACAAGCGGGCUUCAGAAAUCAUCAGUGAGAAGAAGUACCGUCAGCCUCCAGACCAAAACAAGUUCACCAGCAUUCCAGAUGCCAUGGACAUAGUUCUGGCAAAGGCAAAUGCCAAAAAUAGGAGUGAUAGACUUUAUAGAGAAGCUUGGGACAAGGACAAGACUCAAGUGCACAUCAUGCCGGAUACACCUGACAUUAUUCUGGCUAAAGCAAACUUAAUCAACACAAGUGAUAAAAUCUACCGAAUGGGCUAUGAGGAGCUGAAGAAAAAAGGCUAUGAUCUUCCCCUUGAUGCCAUAUCAGUCAAAGCAGCAAAAGCAUCCCGAGAAAUCGUCAGCGAAUACAAGUACAAGGAAGGCUAUCGUAAGCAGCUCGGCCACCACAUUGGAGCUCGGAACAUCAAAGAUGACCCCAAGAUGAUGUGGUCCAUGCAUGUGGCCAAGAUCCAGAGUGACAGGGAGUACAAGAAGGACUUUGAGAAGUCGAAGACCAAGUAUAGCAGCCCCGUGGACAUGCUGGGGGUGGUGCUGGCCAAGAAGUGCCAGACCUUAGUCAGUGACGUGGACUACAAGAACUACCUGCACCAGUGGACGUGCCUGCCCGACCAGAACGACGUCAUCCACGCUCGGCAGGCCUAUGAGCUCCAGAGUGACAAUUUGUACAAGUCUGAUCUUCAGUGGCUAAAAGGUAUUGGCUGGUUACCUAGUGGUUCUCUUGAGGAUGAGAAGAACAAGAGAGCUAUGAAGAUUUUAAGUGACCAUGUUUACCGUGAACACCCAGAUAAAUUCAAGUUUAGCAGCCUUAUGGACUCCAUCCCAAUGGUUUUGGCAAAAAACAAUGCCAUUACCAUGAACCAUCGCCUCUAUACAGAAGCUUGGGAUAAAGACAAAACCAGUGUCCACAUUAUGCCAGACACCCCUGAGGUUUUACUAGCUAAGCAAAACAAAAUAAAUUACAGUGAGAAACUAUAUAAACUUGGCCUAGAAGAAGCCAAGAGGAAAGGCUAUGAUAUGCGGCUAGAUGCCAUUCCCAUCAAGGCGGCCAAGGCCUCCAGAGACAUUGCAAGUGAAUACAAGUACAAAGAAGGCUAUCGUAAGCAGCUCGGCCAUCACAUUGGAGCCCGGGACAUUAAGGACGACCCCAAGAUGAUGUGGUCCAUGCAUGUGGCCAAGAUCCAGAGUGACAGGGAGUACAAGAAGGACUUUGAGAAGUCGAAGACCAAGUACAGCAGCCCCGUGGACAUGCUGGGGGUGGUGCUGGCCAAGAAGUGCCAGACCUUAGUCAGUGACGUGGACUACAAGAACUACCUGCACCAGUGGACGUGCCUGCCCGACCAGAACGACGUCAUCCACGCUCGGCAGGCCUAUGAGCUCCAGAGCGACAAUAUGUACAAGUCAGAUCUCGAAUGGAUGAAAGGCAUCGGCUGGGUUCCCAUUGGCUCUUUGGAUGUGGAAAAAUGCAAAAGGGCAACUGAAAUUUUGAGUGAAAAAAUCUAUCGCCAGCCUCCAGACCAAUUUAAAUUCACCAGUGUGACUGACUCUUUGGAACAAGUGUUGGCAAAGAAUAAUGCCAUCACCAUGAACAAGCGUUUAUACACAGAAGCCUGGGACAAAGACAAGACCCAGAUCCACAUCAUGCCAGACACCCCAGAAAUUAUGUUGGCAAGAAUGAACAAAAUCAACUACAGUGAGAGUCAGUAUAAACUCGCCAAUGAAGAAGCCAAGAAGAAGGGCUAUGACCUGCGAGUUGACGCCAUCCCCAUUGUGGCAGCCAAGGCCUCCAGGGACAUUGCCAGUGACUACAAAUACAAAGAUGGUUACCGCAAGCAGCUUGGCCAUCACAUUGGAGCCCGGGACAUUAAGGAUGACCCCAAGAUGAUGUGGUCCAUGCAUGUGGCCAAGAUCCAGAGUGACAGGGAGUACAAGAAGGACUUUGAGAAGUGGAAGACCAAGUUCAGCAGCCCCGUGGACAUGCUGGGGGUGGUGCUGGCCAAGAAGUGCCAGACCUUAGUCAGUGACGUGGACUACAAGAACUACCUGCACCAGUGGACGUGCCUGCCCGACCAGAACGACGUCAUCCACGCUCGGCAGGCCUAUGAGCUCCAGAGCGACAAUGUAUACAAGUCUGAUCUCCAGUGGAUGAGAGGCAUUGGCUGGGUCCCCAUUGGGUCUCUGGAUGUGGUCAAGUGCAAGAGAGCUGCAGAGAUACUGAGUGACAACCUCUACCGCCAGCAUCCGGACACGCUGAAAUUCACCAGUGUGACCGAUUCCCUGGAACAGGUGCUGGCCAAGAACAACGCCAUCACCAUGAACAAGCGUUUAUAUACGGAGGCCUGGGACAAAGAGAAGACUAAAAUUCAUGUAAUGCCUGACACCCCAGAGAUCAUUUUGGCAAAGCAGAACCAACUCAACUACAGUGAGACUCUGUAUAAACUCGCCAAUGAAGAAGCAAAGAAGAAAGGCUAUGACCUGCGAAGCGAUGCCAUCCCGAUCGUAGCAGCCAAGGCCUCCAGGGACAUCAUCAGUGACUACAAAUACAAAGACGGUUACCGCAAGCAGCUCGGCCACCACAUUGGAGCCCGGGACAUUAAGGACGACCCCAAGAUGAUGUGGUCCAUGCAUGUGGCCAAGAUCCAGAGUGACAGGGAGUACAAGAAGGACUUUGAGAAGUGGAAGACCAAGUUCAGCAGCCCCGUGGACAUGCUGGGGGUGGUGCUGGCCAAGAAGUGCCAGACCUUAGUCAGUGACGUGGACUACAAGAACUACCUGCACCAGUGGACGUGCCUGCCCGACCAGAACGACGUCAUCCACGCUCGGCAGGCCUAUGAGCUCCAGAGCGACAACAUUUAUAAAUCAGAUCUCCAGUGGAUGAGAGGCAUUGGCUGGGUCCCCAUUGGGUCUCUGGAUGUGGUCAAGUGCAAGAGAGCUGCAGAGAUACUGAGUGACAACCUCUACCGCCAGCAUCCAGACACGCUGAAAUUCACCAGUGUGACCGAUUCCCUGGAACAGGUGCUGGCCAAGAACAACGCCAUCACCAUGAACAAGCGUUUAUACACAGAAGCCUGGGACAAAGACAAGACGCAGAUCCACAUCAUGCCUGAUACACCUGAAAUUACGUUGGCAAGACAAAAUAAAAUAAAUUACAGUGAGAACCUCUACCGCCAGGCCAUGGAAGAAGCCAAGAAAGAAGGCUAUGACUUGCGGAGUGACGCCAUUUCCAUCGUGGCCGCCAAGGCCUCCAGGGACAUUGCCAGUGAUUACAAAUACAAAGAAGCUUAUCGUAAGCAAUUGGGUCACCACAUUGGUGCCCGAGCAAUACAUGACGACCCCAAGAUGAUGUGGUCCCUUCACAUCGCCAAAGUGCUGAGUGACCGCGAGUACAAGAAAGAAUUUGAGAAAUACAAGACCAGAUACAGCAGCCCAGUGGACAUGCUUGGUAUCGUUUUGGCCAAGAAAUGUCAGACCUUGGUCAGUGAUGUGGACUAUAAACAUCUUCUCCAUGAGUGGACGUGCCUGCCCGACCAGAAUGAUGUCAUCCAUGCUCGGAAAGCUUAUGACCUGCAGAGCGAUAAUUUGUAUAAGUCAGACCUUGAAUGGAUGAAAGGCAUUGGCUGGGUUCCGAUUGGCUCCUUGGAAGUUGUUAAAGCCAAGAGGGCCACCGAGAUACUGAGCGAUAAUAUCUACCGUCAGCGUCCAGAUACGCUGAAAUUUACCAGCAUAACUGACACCCCGGAGCAGGUGCUGGCAAAGAGCAACGCUAUAAACAUGAAUAAGCGUUUGUAUACUGAAGACUGGGACAAUGAUAAGAAAACAAUUCAUGUCAUGCCUGACACCCCAGAAAUCAUGCUCGCCAAACUCAACCGAAUAAACUACAGUGAUAAACUCUACAGGCUCGCUUUGGAAGAGUCCAAGAAGGAAGGAUAUGACUUGCGUGUGGAUGCCAUUCCGAUCCAGGCAGCCAAGGCCUCAAGAGAUAUUGCUAGUGAUUACAAGUACAAGGAAGGCUACCGUAAACAGCUUGGUCACCACAUUGGGGCCCGAAAUAUUAAGGAUGACCCCAAGAUGAUGUGGUCCAUGCAUGUGGCCAAGAUCCAGAGUGACAGGGAGUACAAGAAGGACUUUGAGAAGUGGAAGACCAAGUUCAGCAGCCCCGUGGACAUGCUGGGGGUGGUGCUGGCCAAGAAGUGUCAGAUCCUUGUAAGCGACAUAGACUACAAGCAUCCCCUGCAUGAGUGGACCUGUCUGCCCGACCAGAACGACGUCAUUCAGGCUCGGAAGGCCUAUGACCUGCAGAGUGAUGCUAUUUACAAGGCUGAUCUUGAGUGGCUGAGAGGCAUUGGAUGGGUGCCCAUUGGCUCUGUGGAGGUCGAGAAGGUGAAGAGAGCUGGAGAAAUCCUGAGUGACAGGAAGUACCGCCUGCCUGCAGACAAGCUCAAAUUCACAUGCAUUACAGAUAGCCCAGAAAUUGUCCUGGCAAAGACUAAUGCCCUGACAAUGAGCAAGCGCUUAUACACAGAAGCUUGGGAUGCUGACAAAACCUCCAUCCACGUGAUGCCGGACACCCCAGAAAUCAUGCUGGCCAAGAGCAAUUCUGUCAACAUCAGCCAAAAACUUUACACCAAGGGAUGGGAUGAAUCAAAGAUGAAGGACUAUGACCUAGGAGGUGAUGCUAUUUCCAUCAAAAGUGCCAAGGCCUCGAGGGACAUCGCCAGUGACUACAAAUACAAAGAAGCCUAUGAAAAACAGAAAGGCCACCACAUCGGAGCCCAGAGUGUUGAAGACGACCCCAAGAUUAUGUGCGCCAUAAAUGCGGGGAAGAUUCAAAGUGAAAGAGAGUACAAGAAGGACUUCCAGAAGUGGAAGACCAAGUACACUAGCCCAGUGGACAUGUUAGGCAUCUUGCUGGCCAAGAAAUGCCAGACACUGGUCAGUGACAUUGAUUACCGGAAUUACCUGCAUCACUGGACGUGCUUACCUGAUCAAAACGACAUCAUCCAAGCAAAGAGGGCCUACGAACUGCAGAGCGAUAGCGUGUAUAAGGCAGACCUGGAGUGGCUGCGUGGCAUCGGCUGGAUGCCAGAAGGCUCGGUAGAAAUGACCAGGGUGAAAGGUGCUCAAGACCUGAUCAAUGAAAGACUCUAUCGAACGCGGCCAGAUGCCUUGAAGUUCACUUGCAUUACCGAUACUCCAGAAGUCGUCUUGGCGAAAGCCAAUUCUCUGCAAAUAAGUGAGAAACUGUACCAAGAAGCCUGGAAUAAAGACAAAACCAACAUCAGCAUUCCUUCUGACACGCCAGUCAUGCUGCAGGCCCAAAUCAAUGCCUUGCAAAUCAGCAAUAAACUCUACCAGAAAGACUGGAAUGAGGCCAAGCAGAAAGGCUACGACAUAAGAGCAGAUGCCAUUGAAAUCAAGCACGCCAAGGCCUCCCGAGAAAUCGCCAGUGAGUACAAAUACAAAGAAGGUUACCGUAAGCAACUGGGACACCACGUGGGUUUCCGCAGCCUACAAGAUGACCCCAAGCUGGUAUGGUCGAUACACGCUGCCAAGAUCCAGAGUGACAGAGAAUACAAGAAAGCUUAUGAGAAGUCUAAAUCAAUUUACAACACACCCUUGGACAUGAUGUCAAUUGUUCAAGCCAAGAAGUGCCAGGUCCUGGUUAGCGACGUUGAUUAUCGCAAUUACCUGCACCAGUGGACGUGUCUGCCGGAUCAGAACGACGUGAUCCAGGCUAAGAAAGCCUACGAGCUGCAGAGCGAUAACGUGUACAAAUCAGACCUGGAAUGGUUGAAGGGUAUCGGAUGGUUGCCGGAGGGUUCUGUGGAAGUGGUAAGAGUGAAGAAUGCCCAAGAUCUCCUCAAUGAAAAGUUGUAUCGUACAAAGCCCGAGGCGCUCAAAUUCACCAGCAUUGCUGAUACGCCUGAAGUCAUUCUGGCGAAAACCAAUGCUCUACAAAUCAGUGAGCCUCUGUAUCGGGAAGCCUGGGACAAAGAGAAGGCGAAUGUGAAUGUGCCGGCAGACACCCCAGUGAUGCUGCAGUCCAAAAUCAACGCCCUGCAGAUCAGCAACAAACACUAUCAGCAAGCUUGGGAAGACGUCAAGAUGACGGGUUACGACCUGCGAGCAGAUGCCAUUGGGAUCCAGCAUGCCAAGGCUUCCAGGGAUAUUGCCAGUGACUAUCUGUACAAAACUGCUUACGAGAAACAGAAAGGCCAUUAUAUUGGAUGUCGCAAUGCCAAGGAAGACCCCAAACUGGUUUGGGCAGCAAAUGUGUUAAAGAUGCAGAAUGACAGACUGUACAAAAAAGCCUACAAUGACCACAAGGCCAAGAUCUCUAUCCCGGGGGACAUGGUGUCUAUCAACGCUGCCAAAGAAGGCCAGGCGCUAGCGAGCAACGUGGACUACCGCCAGUACCUGCACCAGUGGUCUUGCCUUCCUGACCAGAAUGAUGUGAUCCACGCCAGGCAAGCCUAUGACCUGCAGAGUGAUGCUGUCUACAAGGCUGACUUGGAGUGGCUGCGGGGCAUCGGCUGGAUGCCUGAUGGGUCUCCCGAAGUGCUGAGAGUCAAAAAUGCCCAGGAGAUCCUACGAGACAGCGUCUACCGGACCCCAGUGGUGAACCUCAAGUACACAAGUAUUGUGGACACACCGGAAGUUGUCCUUGCUAAAUCAAAUGCUGAAAAUAUUAGUAUUCCAAAGUACCGAGAAGUUUGGGACAAGGAUAAAACUUCGAUCCACAUCAUGCCCGAUACUCCAGAAAUUAAUCUCGCCAGAGCCAAUGCUCUCAAUGUGAGCAAUAAAAUCUACCGCGAAGGCUGGGACGAGAUGAAGAUGAGCUGCGACAUACGGCUGGACGCCAUCCCCAUCCAGUCGGCCAAGGCGUCCAGGGAGAUCGCCAGUGACUAUAAAUACAAGCUUGACCACGAGAAGCAGAAGGGCCACUACGUGGGCACCCUCACAGCCAGGGAUGACAACAGGAUCCGCUGGGCCCUCAUAGCGGGCAAGCUGCAGAAUGAGAGAGAGUAUCGGCUGAACUGGGCCAAAUGGAAGACCAAGUUCCAGAGCCCCGUGGAUAUGCUCUCCAUCUUGCAUUCUAAAAACUGCCAGACUCUGGUCAGCGACAUUGAUUACCGCCAUCGCUUACACCAGUGGACAUGCCUGCCUGACCAGAACGAUGUGAUUCAGGCCAAAAAGGCCUACGAACUGCAAAGCGAUGCUGUUUACAAGGCUGACUUGGAAUGGUUGCGUGGGAUUGGAUGGAUGCCCAAUGAUUCUGUUUCCGUCAAUCACGCCAAGUAUGCUGGAGAUAUCUUCAGUGAGAACAAAUAUCGUACAAAAAUCGAAACCCUGAACUUUACUCCUGUGGAUGACAGGGUGGAUUAUGUGACAGCCAAACAAAGUGGUGAGAUCCUAAAUGAUAUUAAAUACCGGAAAGAUUGGAAUGACACCAAGUCGAAGUACACCCUCACGGAAACCCCGCAGCUGCACACUGCCCAGGAGGCCGCCCGGAUACUGGACCAGUACCUCUACAAGGAAGGCUGGGAGAAGCAAAAAGCCACGGGUUACCUUCUGCCCCCGGACGCCGUGCCGUUUGUCCACGCCCACCACUCUAGUAAUAUUCAGAGCGAGCUGAAAUACAAAGCGGAGCAUGUAAAACAGAAAGGUCAUUAUGUAGGUGUUCCGACCAUGAGAGAUGAUCCUAACCUGGUGUGGUUUGAGCACGCGGGCCAGAUUCAGAACGACAGACUGUACAAAGAGGACUAUCAUAAAACAAAGGCCAAGAUCAAUAUACCUGCUGACGCGGUGUCCGUGUUGACCGCCAAGCAGGGGCAGUCCCUUGUCAGUGAUAUUGAUUACCGUCAUUACCUGCACCAAUGGAUAUGUCAUCCUGACCAAAACGAUGUUAUUCAGGCAAAGAAGGCCUAUGAGCUUCAGAGCGAUAAUAUCUACAAAGCGGACCUGGAGUGGCUCCGAGGCAUUGGCUGGAUCCCCCUGGAUUCUGUGGAGCAUGUGAGGGUGACUAAAAACCAAGAAAUGGUGAAUCAGGUGAAAUAUAAGAAAGCAGCUCUGGACAACUAUCCUAACUUCACAAGUGUGGUAGAUCCUCCAGAGAUUGUUUUGGCCAAGAUUAACUCAGUCAAUCAAAGUGAUAUAAAAUAUAAAGAAACAUUUAACAAAUUAAUAAAGGGCAAGUAUAUGUUUUCUCCAGAGACACCAUACAUCACCCACUCCAAAGACAUGGGAAAACUCUACAGUACCAUACUGUAUAAAGGGGCGUGGGAAGGCACCAAGGCCUAUGGCUAUACCUUGGAUGAACGCUACAUCCCUAUUGUUGGAGCCAAGCACGCUGACUAUGUGAACAGUGAGCUGAAAUACAAAGAGACAUUUGAGAAGCAGAAGGGUCACUACUUGGCUGGAAAAGAAAUCAGUGAGUUCCCUGGUGUGGUUCACUGUCUGGAUUUCCAAAAGAUGAGGAGCGCGUUGAACUACAGAAAACAUUACGAGGACACCAAAGCGGACAUUCAUAUCCCCAAUGAUAUGAUGAAUCACGUGCUGGCCAAAAAGUGCCAGUACAUCCUCAGUGACCUGGAAUACCGACACUACUUCCACCAGUGGACUUCUCUCCCAGACGAGCCCAGUGUCCUCGUGGCCCGAAACGCACAGGAGAUCUUGAGCGAUAAUGUGUAUAAAGAUGACUUGAAUUGGCUGAAAGGCAUUGGAUGCUAUGUUUGGGAUACACCCCAGAUCCUCCAAGCCAAGAAAUCGUACGACCUUCAGAGCCAGCUACAAUACACGGCAGCAAGUAAAGAAAAUCUCCAGAAUUAUAAUCUGGUCACAGAUACACCACUUUACGUGACGGCUCUUCAAAGUGGCAUCAAUGCCAGCGAGGUGAGAUAUAAAGAAAACUAUCAUCAGAUUAAGGACAAAUACACGACAGUACUGGAAACAGUGGAUUAUGACAGAACCAAGAAUCUGAAGAACCUUUACAGCAGUAACCUGUACAAGGAGGCCUGGGAAAAAGUGAAAGCCACCAGCUACAUCCUGCCUUCCAGCACCAUGUCCCUGACACACGCCAAGAACCAGAAGGAUCUGGCCAGCAAUAUCAAAUAUCGGGAAGAAUAUGAAAAGUUUAAAGCUCUUUACACUUUACCCAAAAGUGUUGAAGAUGAUCCCAACACAGCGCGAUGUCUCCGAGUUGGCAAGUUCAACAUUGAUCGCCUGUACAAAUCAGUUUACGAAAAGAACAAGAUGAAAAUCAACAUUGUGCCCGACAUGGUAGAGAUGGUGACUGCUAAGGAUUCUCAGAAGAAAGUCAGUGAAAUCGAUUACCGCCUACACCUCCACGAGUGGAUUUGCCACCCUGACUUGCAAGUCAACAGUCAUGUCAGGAAAGUCACAGAUCAGAUCAGCGAUAUUGUGUACAAAGAUGACCUCAACUGGUUGAAAGGCAUUGGUUGCUAUGUCUGGGACACUCCUGAAAUCCUCCAUGCCAAACACGCUUAUGAUCUACGCAACGAUAUCAAGUACAAAGCUCACGUGAAGAAAACAAGGAAUGACUACAAGCUGGUCACUGAUACUCCAGUCUACGUCCAGGCUGUCCAAAGUGGGAAACAGAUAAGCGAUGCUGUCUACCACUAUGACUAUGUGCACAGUGUCAGAGGCAAAGUGGCUCCAACUACAAAAACCGUAGACCUGGACCGGGCUCUUCACGCGUACAAGCUCCAGAGCGAGAAUCUGUACCGAGAUGCUGGCAAGCGCUCCCUGUCUACUGGAUACAGGCUUCCAGUCGACACUCCUCACUUCAAACACUCCAAGGACAUGCAGUACAUGAGCAGUUAUUUCAAGUACAAAGAAGUUUAUGAACACAUCAAGGCAAAUGGGUAUACACUUGGCCCCAAUGACGUUCCCUUUGUCAAUGUCCGGAGGGUCAACAAUGUUACCAGUGAGAGACUGUAUCGAGAACUGUACCACAAGCUGAAGGACAAGAUCCACACGACCCCUGACACGCCUGAAAUCCGCCAAGUCAAGAAGACACAAGAGGCUGUCAGUGAGUUGAUCUACAAGUCAGACUUCUUCAAGAUGCAGGGCCACAUGAUCUCGCUGCCAUACACACCCCACGUGCUCCAUUGCCGUUAUGUGGGAGACAUCACCAGUGACAUUAAAUACAAAGAGGACUUGCAGAUCCUGAAAGGAAUGGGCUGCUUCUUGAUGGACACUCCCGACAUGGUCCGUUCCCGGCACCUGCGGAAGCUCUGGUCUAAUUACCUGUACACGGAUAAUGCAAGGAAGAUGAGAGACAAAUACAAAGUGGUGCUUGAUACUCCAGAAUACAGAAAAGUACAGGAACUCAAGACACAUCUGAGUGAGCUGGUGUACAGAGCUACAGGCAAGAAGCAGAAGUCAAUCUUCACUUCAGUUCCUGAUACUCCUGAUCUUUUAAGAGCCAAGCGAGGGCAGAAGCUUCAGAGUCAGUAUCUGUAUGUUGAACUGGCCACCAAAGAGAGACCCCAUCAUCACGCUGGAAACCAGACCACGGCCUUGCAACACGCCAAGGACGUGAAGGACCUGGUCAGCGAGAAUAAGUACAAGACUCAAUAUGAGAAGAUGAAGGACAAGUACACUCCAAUUCCAGAUACACCAGUCCUCAUCAGAGCCAAGAAGGCUUACUGGAACGCCAGUGAUCUACGCUACAAAGAAACAUUUGAAAAGACCAAAGGGAAAUACCACACUGUGAAGGAUGCUCUGGACAUUGUUUAUCAUCGCAAAGUCACAGAUGACAUCAGUAAAGUGAAAUACAAGGAGAACUACAUGAGCCAGCUGGGAAUCUGGAGGUCCAUUCCCGAUCGCCCAGACCAUUUCCACCAUCGUGCAGUCACUGAUGCCAUCAGUGACGUAAAAUACAAAGAAGAUCUGACCUGGCUUAAAGGCAUUGGUUGCUAUGCCAAUGAUACCCCUGACUUCACGCUGGCUGAAAAGAACAAGGCACUCUACAGCAAGUAUAAGUAUAAGGAGAUAUUUGAAAGGACAAAGUCAAAGUUCAAGUAUGAAGCCGACUGUCCAAUCAAUAGGCAUUUCAAGUAUGCAACUCAAUUGAUGAAUGAGAAAAAAUACAGAGCUGAUUAUGAGCAGCGGAAAGAUAAAUACCACCUGGUAGUCGAUGAGCCUAGACAUCUGCUGGCUAAGAUCGCAGGCAACCAGAUCAGUCAGAGAAAAUAUAAAUCUAGUGCCAAGAUGUUUCUGAAACAAGGAUGUAAUGAAAUUCUGCGCCCAGAUAUGUUGACUGCCCUCUACAACUCGUACAUGUGGAGCCAGAUUGAGUAUAAGAGAAAUUAUGAAAAGUCUAAGGACAAAUUUACCUCGGUUGUGGACACGCCGGAACACCUGCGUACUACGAAAGUCAACAAACAAAUCAGUGAUAUACUUUAUAAACUGGAAUACAACAAGGCCAAGCCUAGAGGCUACACCACCAUCCACGACACGCCCAUGUUGCUGCAUGUCCGGAAGGUCAAAGAUGAAGUCAGUGAUCUGAAAUACAAAGAAGUUUACCAAAGAAAUAAGUCCAACUGCACCAUUAAGCCGGACGCUGUUCAUAUCAAAGCAGCCAAGGAUGCGUACAAAGUCAACACCAAUCUGGACUACAAGAGGCUGUAUGAAGCCAACAAAGCCCACUGGAAGUGGAUCCCUGACCGACCGGACUUCCUGCAGGCCGCCAAGUCGUCCCUGCAACAGAGCGAUUUUGAGUAUAAGCUGGACCGAGAGUUCCUCAAAGGUUGCAAGCUUUCUGUCACUGAUGACAAAGACAUGGUGCUGGCCCUGAGGAAUUCCUUAAUAGAAAGUGACCUGAAAUACAAGGAGAAGCACGUCAAGGAAAGAGGAAGCUGCCGUGCUGUGCCCGACACGCCCCAGAUCCUCCUGGCCAAGACUGUCAGCAACCUGGUGUCCGAGAACAAGUAUAAGGACUACGUGAAGAAGCACUUGGCCCAGGGCUCCUACACGACCCUGCCGGAGACGCCGAACACCAUUCGAGUCAAGGAAGUGACCAAGCAUGUCAGCGAUACAAAUUACAAAAAGAAGUUUGUCAAGGAGAAAGGGAAGUCCAACUACUCCAUCAUGCUGGAGCCCCCAGACGUCAAGCACGCUAUGGAGGUGGCCAAGAAGCAGAGUGACGUCGCCUACAGAAAAGAUGCCAAAGAAAACCUGCAUUACACCACAGUGGCCGAUCGGCCCGACAUCAAGAAGGCCACGCAGGCAGCCAAGCAGGCCAGUGAGGUGGAGUACAGAGCCAAGCACCGGAAGGAGGGCAGCCACGGGUUAAGCAUGCUCGGUCGCCCGGACAUUGAAAUGGCCAAGAAGGCAGCCAAGCUGAGCAGCCAGGUUAAAUACCGAGAAAAUUUCGACAAAGAGAAGGGCAAGACACCGAAAUACAAUCCAAAAGACAGCCAGCUCUACAAAGUCAUGAAAGAUGCUAAUAAUCUCGCAAGUGAGGUUAAAUAUAAGGCUGACCUGAAGAAACUUCACAAACCUGUGACUGACAUGAAGGAGUCUCUGAUAAUGAAUCACGUCCUGAACACAAGCCAGCUCGCCAGUUCCUACCAGUACAAGAAAAAGUACGAGAAGAGUAAGGGCCACUACCACACGAUACCCGACAACCUGGAGCAGCUCCACCUAAAGGAAGCGACAGAGUUACAGAGUAUCGUGAAAUACAAAGAAAAGUAUGAAAAGGAACGAGGAAAGCCCAUGUUGGACUUUGAAACACCAACAUACAUCACCGCCAAAGAGUCUCAGCAGAUGCAAAGCGGGAAAGAAUAUAGGAAAGAGUAUGAUGAGUCCAUCAAAGGCAGAAACCUGACUGGCCUGGAGGUCACGCCCGCUUUGUUACAUGUCAAAUAUGCAACCAAAAUAGCCAGCGAGAAAGAGUACAGGCGAGAUCUAGAGGAAAGCAUCCGUGGGAAGGGUCUCAGUGAAAUGGAAGAUACUCCCGACAUGAUAAGAGCAAAGAACGCCACUCAAAUCCUCAACGAGAAAGAAUAUAAGAGAGACCUGGAGCUGGAAGUCAAAGGAAAAGGCCUGACCGCUAUGGCCAAUGAAACGCCUGACUUUAUGAGGGCCAAGAAUGCUACUGACAUUGCCAGUCAGAUUAAGUACAAACAAUCAGCAGAAAUGGAAAAAGCCAAUUUUACUUCUGUGGUUGAUACUCCAGAGAUCAUUCAUGCCCAGCAAGUUAAGAACCUUUCAAGCCAGAAAAAGUACAAGGAAGAUGCAGAGAAGGGCAUGUCCUACUAUGAAACCGUUUUGGAUACCCCAGAGAUGCAAAGAGUUCGGGAGAACCAGAAGAACUUCAGCCUCCUCCAGUACCAGUGUGACCUUAAAAACAGUAAAGGGAAAAUUACAGUUGUUCAAGACACACCAGAAAUACUGCGUGUGAAAGAAAAUCAGAAGAAUUUCAGCUCGGUUUUAUAUAAAGAGGACCUGUCUCCAGGAACCGCGAUUGGAAAGACACCCGAGAUGAUGAGGGUGAAGCAAACGCAGGACCACAUCAGCUCGGUGAAAUAUAAGGAAGCAAUUGGACAAGGGACCCCGAUCCCUGACCUGCCGGAAGUGAAACGUGUCAAGGAGACGCAGAAGCACAUUAGCUCGGUCAUGUACAAAGAGAACCUGGGAACAGGCAUUCCAACCUCCGUCACGCCAGAGAUUGAGAGAGUCAAACGCAAUCAAGAGAACUUUAGCUCGGUUUUGUACAAAGAAAAUUUGGGGACAGGAACCCCAACACCUAUCACUCCAGAGAUGGAGAGAGUCAAACGCAAUCAAGAGAACGUUAGCUCGAUUUUGUACAAAGAGAAUUUGAACCAGGGGACCCCCAUACCUGUCACUCCUGAGAUGGAGAGAGUCAAACGCAAUCAAGAAAACUUUAGCUCGGUGUCGUACAAAGAGAACCUCGGGAGAGGGAUCCCGAUUCCCAUCACUCCAGAGAUGGAGAGAGUCAAACACAAUCAAGAAAACUUUAGUUCGGUGCUAUACAAGGAAAACCUGGGGACAGGAAUCCCAAUCUCCAUCACUCCUGAGAUGCAGAGAGUCAAACACAAUCAAGAAAACCUUAGCUCGGUUUUGUACAAAGAAAAUAUGGGGAAAGCCACCCCAACCCCUGUCACUCCAGAGAUGCAGAGAGUCAAACGCAAUCAAGAGAACAUUAGCUCGGUGUUAUACAAAGACAGCCUGGGGAAAGCCACCCCCACCCCCUUUACUCCUGAGAUGGAAAGAGUCAAACGCAAUCAAGAGAACUUUAGCUCGGUAUUGUACAAAGAAAAUAUGAGAAAAGCAACUCCGACACCUGUUACUCCAGAGAUGGAGAGAGCUAAGCGCAACCAAGAAAACAUUAGCUCGGUUCUUUAUUCCGAUAGCUUCCGGAAACAGAUACAAGGCAAAGCUGCCUAUGUCUUGGACACCCCAGAGAUGAGACGGGUGAGGGAGACCCAACGCCACAUCUCAACAGUGAAAUAUCAUGAAGACUUUGAGAAACACAAGGGCUGCUUCACACCAGUGGUGACCGACCCUGUCACUGAACGAGUAAAGAAGAACACACAGGACUUCAGUGACAUCAACUACCGAGGGAUUCAGAGGAAAGUGGUAGAAAUGGAACAAAAACGAAACGACCAGGAUCAGGAGAUUAUUACAGGUUUACGUGUCUGGCGUACUAAUCCUGGCUCAGUUUUUGACUAUGACCCAGCAGAAGACAACAUUCAAUCCCGAAGCUUACACAUGAUUAAUGCCCAAGCUCAGCGCCGGAGCCGGGAGCAGUCGCGAUCGGCCAGCGCACUGAGCGUCAGUGGCGGCGAGGAGAAGUCUGAGCACUCAGAAGGCGCCGACCACCACCUGUCCACCUACAGCAAUGGUGGCAUCUUCUUCUCUGCAACCUCAACAGCUUACAAACAUGCGAAAACCACAGAGCUCCCGCAGCAGCGAUCGUCCUCAGUUGCCACCCAACAGACAACUGUCUCCUCUAUCCCGUCUCACCCAUCUACUGCUGGAAAAAUCUUCCGUGCCAUGUACGACUAUAUGGCUGCUGAUGCUGAUGAGGUGUCCUUCAAAGAUGGAGAUGCCAUAGUAAAUGUUCAAGCUAUAGAUGAAGGCUGGAUGUAUGGCACUGUGCAGAGGACUGGAAGGACCGGCAUGCUCCCAGCCAACUAUGUUGAAGCCAUGUAGGCGUUUCAAAGCUUCAUACCCGUCUACAGAACCGAAAUCCUGCAGUCAGUAUUUCAGUUUAGACUCUCCACUAUUACCCAAGUUCUCAAGCUGCCUAAUGGUUUUUCUGUGUCAGUAUGAUUUAUGGUUGUACCAUCCUUUAAUUUGCUCAUAUAUGAA